GCUGACGGGGCUGGGCCCCAGUGCCUGGAUCAUCAUGGAGGCUGCUCUUUGGGUGUUCCUAACUUUUCUCUGUCUGCAGGGCAGCUUGCCCCAGCUCACACAUGGUGCAGACUGUCAUGGGACAUCACAGGGGAAGAACUGUGUCAGCGGGCAGACCACCGGAGGAAAGAAAGAAGGGCUUGCGCGCCUAGAGCCAUCUGCUGCAAGAAAGACCCAGAACCAGAAACAGCCACAGCGAGGAAAACUUGGGGCAUUCUCUGCACUUGGUAUUAGGCCACUUAAGGACUUGACAUCGGAUGUGCCAUCGGACAGACAGAAGAGACAGUUGGGGAGGAACUCCCUGCUUCCUGGGUCCUUCUCAGCCAAGGGCUUCCCCAACACACUCAUCAAAGUUCAGACAGAGCGGGCCAGGAGACACCUAGGCCAGUCGGGGACAAAGAAGAACAAGUAUAAAUCCAGAGUGGGAUCCUUCUCUCUCCUCCGCAACAACAACCCCAGUGCCUCCCUACAGGUAACCAGAGUACGGAGGCAGGUGCAGAAUGAGAGGAAGAAGGUGAAGCCAAGAGGACGACCCGGAGCAUAUUCCUUAAUGGGAAAAUACGCCGAACCCCACACAAUCCCCCCUCCCAUUAAAACUUCUCACGAGUCACCAUCCCGGAUCCGGGAGCACCCUCAUCAGUAAAAAAGCUGACUAGCAUAGCCUAGCAUAGC